AUGACAGGAACCCUCGUCGGUAUCGCCUCCGGUGCUAGCGGUGUUGCUAUUCUGGCCGCUCUUGUAGCUUUCGGCUACCUUUUUAAUGACAUUAAUAACUUCUACGACGAUACCAUGAAGGAUAUGGAGGAAUUCAAG